AUGAUGGAGAGCUCGAUAUCUCUAAAAGACGCGCCAGAAAUGGACUACAAAGAGGCGUUUCUAGACGUCAUGCUGGUUCCCGGCGGUACUCUCGAGGCCGUGCAGGAGCUGUACGACAUCUGCCACGUGGAGGCAUUCGUCGCAGCGAUGCUGGACAUUCGUGCGACCGCUGUCGCCAGGCGACGACUGCUGGGCGUCGUCGGCCCGGGUACCACCAAGGCGGAGCAGUACACGGUUCGAGACAUGUUCUCUUUUCAACAGGACGCCAUUCCAGCCUCAAUGCUGCGAAUAAGCGGUGUCUUGCACGAGCCCGCGACGCGCCUGUUCAGCGACGUGCUGCGGUUCAUGGGCGUGCACGAGGGCAAGAUGCUCUCCCGCGCCGAAGAGGUGGCGCUGGUGGCGCGCGUGUUUCUGGACCUGGGGAAGGAGCCGCCGCUGCGGGAUGAGUUGUUCGUGCAGCUGUGGAAGCAAACACGAGGGAACGAGUACAAAGCGUCGUGCCUGAAGGUGUGGGAGCUGAUGCGGCUGUGUGCGGGCGUGUUCCCCCCCACCACCACCGUUGCGGGGCCUCUUUCAGAGUACUUCUCCUCGCUCGUAUCAGACGAGGCGGGGGACGAGGCUGUUCGAGAGGCGGUGCUGGCAGCGUGGAAGGCGCUGGAUCACGGGCUGAAGCACGGCCCCAGGAGAUGCGUGCCGGGGCAAGAUGAGGUGCUCUCGCUGCUGACGCACACACCCCUGUCAGUGCCGGUGUAUCUGUGCGACGACACGCUGGAGAACAUACCCAGCAGCGCAGUGACAACCAUUGGCGAGGCCAUGCAGCUGCUGCUGCAGAGGCUACAAGUGACAGACACCACCUCAUUCGCGCUGUUCACCUGCCGGAUCUACAAAUCCAUGGGGGCAACCCACAGCGACCCCACCAUUGACCAUGUGCCGUUGGACCCAGAGGCCUAUGUAUCGGAUGUGAUGGCGGAGUAUGUGAAAGCGGCACGCGGCAGCCUAGUGGCGUGCAAGCUGCUGCUGAAGAAGCGAUUCUUCAAGACAGACGAUGCACUCGCUGCCGACCUGCAGCACGUGCGCCUGUGUUAUGCACAGCUCCGGUACGACUAUCUCACAAACCACUAUCUGGUGACAGUGGAGGGAGCAGUGGUGCUGGCAGCGCUGCAAAUAGCCGGGGAGAUCGGGGUCAUCGCCAACCCUGAAACGGCCCUGGAGUGGAGCAUACAGAUGAAGAGGUCUAUCCCAAAGAUUGUGUCGCGCCUGCACUCCAAGGACGAGUGGAUGAACCUCAUCCUCGAACCCUACAGAACCCUGUGGUCGCUGGACCACGAAGCCACGAUGCGCGAGUUUGUGCGGAUUCUGCUGGAGAUUCCUCAGGGCGGCUCAGUCUUCUUUGACCUGCGCACAGAGGAGGACACGGCCAACUACUUCCCCAAGCAUGUCAUCGUGGGAGUCAACCACAACGGGCUGCAUUUUCUGGAUGCAGAGAUUCGGUCGGUCAUCCACCAAGCAGAGCUGAGAGAGCUCGCCGAGUAUGCAGGGCAGCCGGAUAGAAUAUUCUUCAGCAUGACUCUACAAGACGAGCUACACUCGUUCGAGUUUGCAACAACCGGGGUGACAGCGUCGUCGCAGCAGAUCCCGCCGUCGUGCACCUCUCUCGCCAAGCUCUACGUCGCCAGCACGGGCAGUGACACCGGCUGCUGCGACUCCACCACCGCUCCCUGUGCCACCCUGCAAGCAGCGGUAGCCAGGGCGGCACCUUCCGCCACCAUCACCCUCCUCCCGCCCCCCGCCGGCUCUCCCCCAUCCGCAAUCAAAUCUUCGCCGACCAAAUCCGCCGUUCAGCUGGGCGGCAAAUCUCUCACCAUCACCGGCGCCCCUCCCGCAUCCACCCCCGCGUCUCCCGCUGCUAUCACGCUCGAUUGCGGCGGCGGCCCGUGCCUGAACGCCACGUGUGCUGGCGCGGGGUGCGGCGCGGGGAGCAAGGUGGUGCUGACGCUGGCGCUGUUCACGCUGACAAAUGGCGUGUCGGCCGAUUCGGGAGGAUGCGUGGAUGUGCGAGGGCAGGGCCUGGUUAUUAACAACGUGGCCUUUUCCCGCUGCACGGCAACCAACCUGGGCGGCGCAGUGGCAGUGCAGGGCGCGGGCGCGUCGCUCACCCUCGCCUCCGCCUCCUUCUCCGCCUGCUCCGCGCCCGGCUCAGACCUCACCUACAUGUACAACUCGGGGGGCGGCGCUAUCAGCGUCUCCGGGCCAGACCCAGGGGCGGCUGCACCUGGGGGAGGCGCGGCUGCGGGAGGCGGGCUCGUGCGGGCGAAGCUGUCCGGGGUGACGGCGACAGGGUGCAGUUCGGAGAACGGGGCGGGAGGGGCGCUGCUGUUUAGGAAUGUGAAGGUGGAGGUGGAUGGAGGGGAGAUGUCCGGGUGCCAGGCGUAUUUCGGCGGGGCGAUUGCGAGCAUGUACUCGAGUGUGUCCAUCGAUGGGGUGACUGUCAGCAAUGGACUGGCUGUCCUUGGAGGGGCUAUCGCAGACGAGGGUUCCUCCUCCUACGCCCUCUCCUCCUCCUCGCUCACCGCUUGCUCCUCCAAUGGCACGCUGCCAGCUGGCGUGUACGCGGCAGGCUACGGCUUCGGGGGGUGUAUGGCGCUGAACGCCACGCAGACGGUUACAGUCACAUCCGUAAAUGCCACCAAGUGUGUCACUGACUAUGAAGGAGGAGGCGCGUGGGUGUACACAGUCACUCAGGCAACCCUAACCAAGUGCACCUUCUCUGACGGCUAUGCGACAUACCUAGGAGGCGGCCUGUCCGCCACGGGGGGCGUCCUCCUGAUCUCCGACUCCACCUUCGCCCGCAAUGUCAUGGACUACGUUUCUAGCGCGCCCUCGGGCGCCGGCCUAUCGCUGAGCGCCACGUCAGCGCGCGUGGAGCGGACGGUGUUUGAGGAUAACGUGGGGAUCAUGAUGGGGGAUGCGGCGACGGUGGAUGGGUAUGGUGGCGGAGUGUAUGUGGGGCAGGAUGGCGAGUCGACGGUAACCACACAGGAGUUCAUCUCCUGCACCUUCUCUCGUAACCUGGCGAAGGGCGGCGGGGGUUUCUACCAGUACGGAGGCGUCGCCAAGUUCACCAACACGGUGUUUCGAGACAAUGGGGGCGGCGAGCUGGGAGGCGCAAUGCUGGCGCUGGUGACAGCGGAGGUGCAGAACUGCACGCUUGAGCGCAACAGUGUGUCGGGGUCGGGCGGAGCCAUCUACAGCGAGGGCACGGGGUACCUGCGCAUCGUUGAUUCCACCUUCACUGCCAACUCCGUGCAGCUCAAGGACGGGGGCGCGCUCUACAUCAUUGCGGCGGACAGCAACGUGACAGUGCAGGGCAGCACGUUCAGAGGCAACAGAGCCAACAGCUCGCGAGGGGCUGCCAUCUUCAGCGGGGGGUCGCUGCUGCAAGUGGACAACUCUCUCUUUGAGGAUAACUGGUCGUACCUUAAAGGCGGCGCUGUCACAGUGGAGGGAUCUAGAGGCGCAGAAGCAACAACCUUGGGUCGAUUCUCAAACACCACCUUCACCAGAAACACCUCCCCAGUGGGGGGAGGCGCGUUCCUGUGCAGCCUCAACUGCACCGCAGAUCUCACCAACUGCACCUUCUCCGAAAACAACAGCACUGCUGCCGGGGCCCUACUCGCCCAGGAAACCUCCUCCCUCACCCUCCGAUCCUCCUCCUGCCAGGGGAACGCCGCGGACGCAGCCGGCGGGUGCCUAUUGGUCACGGAUUUCGCGACUAUUACUGCCGAGGGGAGCAAGUUUAGGGAGAAUCGGGCGGGGAGUGGUGGCGGCGUGGGGAAGGUGUCUGGUUCGGGUAGGCUGGUGAUGACCCGGUGUGAGGUAGCAGCCAAUGAGAGCCCGACAGGUGGCGCGCUCUGGGUGGAGAUGGAGGGUGUGGUGGAGGAUACUCGGAGCAGCUUCACGGGUAACAAGGCGAGUUUUGAAGGCGGCGCGGUUUUCGCCACUCACAGCGCGACUGUGAAGCUGCUGUCGUCGCAAUUCGGGUCGAAUUCGGCGCUGAGAGGCGGUGCUAUGGUUCUGGAUACAGAUGCGACUCUCACCUCCACCUCCUCCUCGUUUCUCAACAACUCAGCUUCGGCUGUUCUUAUGAGGGGAAGCUCUCAGGCUACUGUCACUCAGGCGCUUUUUUCGGGCAAUUCUGCCCCUCAGGGCACCGGAGGGGCCGUUUGGGCAGCCGCCGAAACUUCUCUCACUGUUCGCUCGAGCAAUCUGACGAACAACACGGCUGUCACGGGCGGCGGAAUCUUUUCCGAAGGGUCUGCGCAGGUGACUCUGGAUGCGUCGCGAUUCGAGGGGAACAACGCGGUUACCGGCGCGGCGCUCGCUGCUGCGGGCAGCUCGAAAAUUUCGGCAGGGAACCUGACGCUCGUGGGGAACAGCGCAAGCCGUGCGGGGGGGGCGGCGGCGUUUUUGGACCAAUCAAACGGGUUAUUUAAGGGGGCGUGGAUGACUGGGAACAAAGCGGUGGUGGGCGGUGCAGGGGUGUACGUGAAGCGAGCAGAGACUCUCGGGAUUACUUCCUCUGGAGCUGCAGCUGCUGGCAAUUCUUCUACCGGCACGACUACAGGAUCAGCAUCAGCUGCUGCUGUGGUUGCUGCAGCAGCAGCGAAUGCUCCUCCCAGUAUUGCUGUGAGCGGCACAAACACAAACAGCAGCAGCAGCAGCAGCAGCAUGGGUGUGGGAAAGGCUGAGCUGGCUCCGCUGGUGUGUGCCAACCUGACGUUCAGUGAGAACGAGGCCCUGUACCCGCAAGGAGUGGCCUUCUACGAAGCUUCCUUCAACCCAGCCGUGCGGAUCGGGUGCGAGGAGUGCGUGCGGGAGCAGGAGAGCCAGACCAUUGGCAGCAUCCCCAAGAACUUCUACUUCACGUUCGCGGGGAUGGAUGAGGGGGCUAACGGCCUCACCACGGUGCCGGCCUUUGUGGCUCUCACGGCUGUGGGGACUCCCAUCGCUGGGCUGACGGUGGUCAUUGUGGAUGACUACAACAACACUGUUGUUCAGGACAACUCCUCCUUCGUCGCAGUCGCUCCCGAUCGCCGCAUAUCCGGUUUGCUCCGAGCAACGGCGGUGCAGGGAAUGGCCGAGCUGCCCGAGGUCUCCGUCAUGGUCACUCCCGACCAGGCCACGCCCUUCCGCCUCCUCGUCACCGUCUCCAGCCCCACUAAUGAGUUCCCCGAUAUAACACACACCUUCACUGUAGACUUCUGCGCCGCGGGCACCUUUCUCAACACAACCACCGAAGAUGGAGCCGGGGGGGACGGCACCGGUAGUACCAGCAGCAGCAGCAGCAGCAGCACUGGGAGUGGAACCUGUGACCCGUGCCCUGUCGGUAGCUGGUGCGAGGCGGGGCAACCCUCCACUCCCUGCGACGACGGCAGCUUCACGUUCUACCCUUACGCCACUACCGCCGACGAAUGCGUGGCGUGUGAUGAUGACAACCUGGAUUGCACGGGCGGCGCACUGACGGUGGCGACGCAGGCGUGGUUGGAUCCGAGCACGUAUAAUGAUACCCCCACCACGUACAGUUGUAUUAUCACCAACGGGUGUGUGGAGCAUCUGUAUGUGUACAACCUCACCACCAACACCGCGGACGUCGAUAUCUGCCCCACCGGCUACGACCCCUCCUCUCCCAUGUGCUGUCUGUGCGCCAACGACUACUAUUCCUUCCUCGGGGACUGUAACUCCUGCGGCGGCGUUUUCAAACAGCUCUUCCCGCUGCUCUUCAUCCUCAUGGUGGGGGUGUGGGUGGCCAUGUUCCUGCUCGCCAACAACUACGAUAACAUCGACAUCUUUCUCACUGAGGUGCAAUACCUCACGGUCGUGGCCUCCAUUAAUCUGAACGCGCCAGCAGCGCCCAACGGAUGGGUGGGGUGGCUCAUCAAGAUCUACAACCUCUCCGUCUUCGACCCGGACGUGGUGGGACCCAACUGCGUGCUGACCUACCGCUUCCCGCAGCAGUUCGUGUUUGGAAUCCUCAUCUUCCUCGUCGGCCUCGUUGUCUACGCGCUCCACUGGUGCCUCUUCCUGCUGCGCGAGCAUAUCAAGCUGCUCAAGGCGAAGCGGGCGGCCGAAAACGGCGAGACGAGCGGCGUGGGGCAGCUGAGCAGCACAGCAGCGAAGCAGCGGCGGCAGGAGUAUUACAACGGGCUGGUCGGUGGUGUUGCGAGCUGGCUGGACGUGUGCUACAUGGGUAUUCUCGCCCGCGUGCUGCCUGUGUUCCAGAGCCAGAUGGUUGGGGAUACCCAGGUGAUGCUGUUCGCCCCAGAGAUCGAGUGGCUAUCCUCAACGCACAUGGGCAUGCUCAUCCCCUCUAUAAUCAUCCUCAUUGUCUACCUCGCGGGCGUGCCGCUGCUCUACGCGUGGCUGCUCUUCUCAGCCAAGUGGAAUCGCACUCUCUUCACCCCUGAGUUUGACGACAAAUACGCCUUCCUGACUGAAAGAUUUGCCCGCAAGUUCUACUGGUGGCACCUCCUCAACAUGUCCCUUCGGGUGCUGUACGGAUGCAUCCUGGUGUUCCUCUAUGAGAACCCCGAGGCGCAGAUCAUCAUUCUCGUCGUCCUCCAGAUCCUCCGCAUCGUCGUCGAGUACCGCUUUGCACCGUUCACCUCCUCCUCUGUGGAGUACCUGCAGGCUACCCUCAAUCUCGGCGAGGUGUUUUUCACGCUGUCUCUGCUCAUCUUCAACUACACGUCCGAGUCCAUCCUCUCAGAGGUCAUCAUGGCCAUCAGCACCGUCCUCAUGCUGCUGCCCGCCAUCGUCGCCAUCAGCUACGAGGUGUCGAGCAAGCGAAUGGAGGCGUUCAACAACAGUGUGUUGGACGAGAUCUGGGAGCAGGAGAGCGGGAAGAGGGAGGACCAGCUGCGUGGGCUCGACCCGUACCAAAUCGUGCAGCUGACUCAGAUCGGGGGGUGGUUCCGCCCGCGCGCGCUCUUCCAGUUCCUGCACCACCGCCAGGGCAUUGACCUGCUGCUGAGGGUGCGCGACCGUGUGCAAGCCUGCUCCCUGGCAGGCCUCGGGGAGGUCGAGUGGAUCGAGCAGCUCAAAAAGCCCCAGCAGUACGCAGGCCUGUCGCAGAUUCUGCUUGGAAACAAGAAGGGUUACAUCCCCGUCGCGCGGUUACCGCCCCAGGGAGUGUAUUGUCUGUUGCACGGGGUUUGGCAUGCGGACGGGGCGUGCACGGCUGCCCAGGCUGCUGCGGCGGCUCGGCGCCGAACCAACCGCCGGACCAAGUCCCGGAGCAGCCGGGUUUCGUUCGGGGGAGGGAUGGGAGAGGGAGGGCCGGAGACACCUGGGAGUGGGUUGAGGAGGAUGGUGAGCUGGGGGUCUAACACCCCUGGAGGGGCCAGCAUGAGGGAGAAACCUGCUAAGUCCCUCAAGAUUGCUGAGAAGAGCUGGCCUCCACAGCUGGGGAGGAAGGUGCAUUGGUGCCCUGCUUCGGGAUUCGACCCUCUUGCUGCGACGAAGAGGUUCGGGAGCGGCAGGAUGGGUGCUGGUGGGAUGGCUGGGACUCCUACGGGAGGAGGAGGGGGAUGGGGAGGAGGAGAGGAGGCUAGAACCCCGUACCCUGCCGCCCCAGAAACCCCGACUGGCAUGCCUGAAACUCCUGUUACCCCUGCUGCUGCCCCUGCGCCUGCUGCUGCUGUUAACGGUGGUGGGGAUGGAGACUCAAAGCCGAAGAAACGGCUUCUCAGGCAGCUGUCUGAUAGAGACGACAGUGACACAGAGGGAGCAGCAGCAGGAGCAGGAGCGGGAGCAGGAGCAGGAGCGGGAGGAGGAGGGAGCAGGCCUGGAACAGCAGGAACGCCAGGAGCGGGAGGAGGGAUCAUGCGAGGGGCGAUAGCCCGACCGGGGAGUGCGGGAGGAGCGGCAGUCGGGGGGGCGGGCGUGGGGGGGAUGGAGGUGGUGCAGGCGAAUCUGGACAUGGCUGAGCUCACGUUUGCUUUCCAGUCGAACCUGGCUCUGCUGGUGAAGGCCGAGAAGAAACGCAAGGUGCAGAAGGAGGCGCUAAGGCAGAUCAUCCACUCCAAGGCCACUUACCAUAUUCUCAGCUGGUUCACGAGUGAAGAGAGCACGGUGGACGACCAGCGGCUGUUUGCAGAGCUGGUGAAGGCGGUGAGGCAGGCGGCCAAGACGCGCAAGAGCUCCAUGCGUUGGCUGCAGGGCGCGCAGUGCUUCUACCCCGGCGAGGGCCGCCUCACCAACCAGCUCUCCAAGAUGCUGAGUGAGGAGCGUCCACUUGACAACAAUGAACCUAAUGGAAUGCGUAUGGAGCCUUAG